AUUUCAUUUGCCAUAACAUAAGGUUUUCGGCAUUUUUUGUGGGAGGAUUGGCCCAUCAAAACACAUAUGAUGCAUUUGGACCCACCAGAUCAUCCCAUUCAUUGAAUCUGCAUAAACCCUCAAGCCACGCUCAGCUUCUUCGUUUCUUUAUAACCCUCCAUACAGACGGAUCUCUCUGCCCUUGUCUUCACUUUCAUGGCCAUUGCUGGAAGUUGUUUUUCCUGAUUUUGGAAGCUAGAUUCUCGGCUCGUUUACAGGGAGGUUUCAGGUGGAUUUAUGAAAUUAUUGGAUCCAGAUAAGCUGAUGUACUCUUCUUUCAGGAAUCCAUGUUCAUUCGUCUCUAGUUGCAGUGUGUCUUUCAAUUUCAAGUGAUUUUGCAAUUGGGUUUGGUCGAUUGAGUGGAUUUGGGUAAUCUAUUUGUGGGUUCUCUCAAUUUCUGCUGUGUACGGUACUGUGCGUGCGUUCUGGCUGUAUAUGUAAAAAAAAUUAUUGCUUAAAAAUUGAUGGUUCGGAGGGGCUUUUCUAGGAAUGAGCUGUAUCGUAUUUGGUUGCUUUUAUGGAUUUUUGUGUUGUAGACUUUAUGACUUAUGGCUCCCAUGGAGGAAAUUGUGCUACUGUAGGGAAAUUGGUUCAUGGGUAUAAUCUGAAUUUGGACACCUGAUCUCCACCGAGUGAAACUUUACUCUUUGGCUGGGGUGACUCGAGGGAUUUCUGUUUAGGGGUAUGAUCUGGAUCUAUUGUUUUUAGAUGGUAUGGAAGGCAAUUUAUCUUCGGGGCAUAUGAUUCAGGGUAGUGGUUCUUAUGGAGGUGUUGAUUUGCAAGGUUCAAUCCGAGUCCAUCAUCAUCAACAACACCCCCUUUCUCACCACCAACAGCAUCACUCUCUUCCCAGACAAGGACUGAUGGUUCUACCAUCAAUAAGUGAAAAUUUUCCCCUCACCAUGGCAAGCGUGCAAGAAUGUGAUCGGACCAUCUCCUUGGCAGAUUUUGCCAAGGGGGAAAGGGGAAAAAGUUCUGCUAGCGAUGACGAUGAACUGAGCUUUACAGAAGAUGCCUCUGAUGGCCAUAAUGAUCCUAGUAAAGGAAAGAAGGGGAUGCCAUGGCAGCGGGUGAAGUGGACCGAUAAGAUGGUGAGGCUUUUGAUUACUGCUGUUUCUUACAUACUUGAGGAAGCUUCUGUUGAAUGCGGUAAUGGAAUCAGGAGAAAAUAUGCAAAUUUACAGAAAAAGGGUAAGUGGAAAUCAGUUUCGAAGGUCAUGGCUGAAAGGGGUCAUCAUGUUUCCCCUCAGCAGUGUGAAGAUAAAUUCAAUGACCUUAACAAGAGGUACAAGAGACUAAAUGAAGUCCUUGGGAGGGGCACUUCUUGCCAGGUUGUUGAGAGGCCGGAGCUUUUGGACAUGAUGGAUCAUUUAUCAGAUAAAGCGAAGGAGGAGGUUAGAAAAAUCCUUAGCUCAAAGCAUUUGUUCUACGAGGAAAUGUGCUCUUACCAUAAUGGAAACAGAUUGCAUCUCCCCCAUGACCCUGAAUUGCAACAUUCGCUGCGACUGGCUCUUAGAAGUAGAGAUGAUGACGAGAGCAAUGAUGCGAGGAGACAUCCACAAGAUGAUCUUGAUGACGAUGAUCAAGAUGCAGAAACUGAUGACAGUGAUGAAUUUGGUGGAAAUCAUGCUUUGCACAGUGAUCAGAGGGCUAUGUAUGGGAUGCACGGGCACUCAGCAAAGAAAAUGAAACAGUGUCAGGGCCAUGAGGAUGUUAGUUUAGAGAAUUGCUUGAAUUCUUUCGACUGUAAUAAAGCUUUCAGUUGGAACCAACAAAAUGCACAAGGUGACAUGAACCAGGUUCUACCUGAAGGUUCAAAAUCAAACCUGUUGCAAACUAGGUGGAUAAAAUAUCGCGCACUUCAGUUAGAAGAACAGAACUUGCAAAUUCAGGCGCAGAUGUUGGAAUUGGAGAAGGAGAGGUUCAAGUGGCAGAGAUUCUGCAGGAAGAAAGAUCGGGAGCUGGAGAUGAUGAGACUGGAAAAUGAGAGGAUGAAACUGGAGAACGAGCAUAUGACAUUGGAGCUGAAACGGAAGCAGCUGGAUCCUGAUCAUGGUUAAAUUGCCUAUGCUGUUAAAAUUAGUUUUGUCUAGUAAGGACUGGGUGCGUGCAAUAGAAUUACUUGAGUCAAUUUUUUAUCAAAAGGUUUUGACUUUAAUUGCUAGUAUGAAAAACAUUUUUAUUCUCUUUAGAAGUGUAACCCUCCACCCUCUGCCCAAUGUAUUAAAGGGUGCACUAGUUUUUCUGCUUGGGGAGAACACAUGAUUUGGAGUUAUCAGUUAUGGAUAAUUGGGUUGUGAGUCGUUGAAUUGUUCUCCUACUCACCAGACUAAACAAAAACUUUUGUGAAAAGUAUGAAAACAUUCUCAGUUAGUGCUCCUUUUGCAUACCUCACUUAAGCAAAUGUGAGUUUUCUAUGUUCUGCACAUGUGAAAAUUCUAUAGUUUCAUAUAAUGUAAGUUUGCAACAGUAUAUUCGUCAUACAAUCAAGAUUGUUGGAUUGAUCCGCGCAA